UGAAGUAAGACGCAAUGGCCAGAACGAAGCAGACCGCACGUAAGUCUACUGGAGGUAAAGCCCCCAGAAAACAGCUCGCCACGAAGGCAGCGCGUAAGAGCGCGCCUGCAACAGGCGGCGUGAAGAAACCUCACCGCUACAGGCCUGGUACUGUGGCUCUGCGAGAAAUCCGCCGUUAUCAGAAGUCUACUGAACUGCUGAUUCGUAAACUGCCCUUCCAGCGCCUUGUGAGGGAGAUCGCUCAGGAUUUCAAGACCGAUCUUCGUUUCCAAAGCUCAGCAGUCAUGGCUCUGCAGGAGGCUAGCGAGGCCUAUCUGGUUGGUCUGUUCGAGGACACCAAUCUGUGCGCAAUUCACGCAAAGAGAGUGACUAUAAUGCCCAAGGAUAUCCAACUCGCCCGCCGCAUCCGGGGAGAGCGCGCUUAAGACAGUUUGCCAGCACGCAAUCCAUACAACAAAGGCUCUUUUAAGAGCCACUUCAAUUCUUGUCAGAGCAACUCUCCAUGUAGUUUCUGCGUGUGCUUAUCUAAUGUAUGUUUUUCGAUCGCUGAUUCCUUCGAGUAUUUAAUGCUGCAGUGCAGCUCGUGGAGUAACUGGUGUGAAUAAGGCUUGGUAUUCUCUCCCCCUCAGUGAGUGAACCGCGUGGCUGUGUCUCCAAAAGCGUCUUUUUGUUGGAAUCAUUCUGUUGCCCGCAUUCACUUUGCUACCAACUAACAGCAUUUAAAGCAAAUCUACAGUUCCUCAUCAGAAAUAAAUAUACCAGGAAUAGACUUGAUAGAUACAGUCAAACUCCAUCAACCAUUUCCCUUUUGAGUGAGAGGAAUAUCCAUGAAGUUAGUUUAAGCAAUCAACUACAAC